AUGAACAUGUCGGAAGUAGAAGACGACAGCUUUCGCGUCACACGUGAAGGCUAUUCCCAUCUGAGUGACACAGAAUGGGAGUUAGUCGGCAGCAAGAGUGUGCUCAUGGGCGAGCCCGCCAUCAGUGGUAUGAUGGAGUCUCUUACCAGAGACCAGCAACAUGCUGCUAUCAACAAGUUCCUACAAGGGGAACUUGCCGUCGAACAACAGAAGAUAGCCUUGCUACAGCAGCAAGAAUCUCAUCAGUCGAUGGGCGGACCAACGGACAUGCGUUGA